UGUUAUAGCAACAGUUGCAGACGACAACGGAAACUAUAUCGUUAUAUGAAAAUUUGUGACUGAAUUAUUUGAUUUCCUUCAAAAACGAGUUAAUUGCCAAAGAAUCUCGAAAAAUGAUUUCGGAAAACUUUAUUAAAGCUAUUGACAAGAUUAACAACAAUGAUACUAGUGGUUUGCAAGAACUUAUAAAAUCCCGGGACGUUGAAAUUGACGAUGAGGAUGAGCAUGGAAUGACAUUACUGCAACAUGCCGCUUUUAAAGGGAAAAAAGAUAUUUGCCAGUUGCUCCUUGACCUGGGAGCUGAUGCCAAUGGAGGUCAUCAUGAACACAAGUAUACUUCCCUUCAUUUUGCAGCUCUGUCUGGAAAUUUGGAUAUUUGUCAACAAUUACUUCAGUGUGGUUGUAAACCUGAUGUGGUUAACUCAGUAGGCAGAACUGCAGCUCAAAUGGCUGCAUUUGUAGGGAAUCACACAGUUGUUUCCAUCAUCAACAAUUUCAUUCCACGCUCAGAAAUAGAGCAGUACACUGUAGCUCCUAGCGAUCAAACUGAGCCAAAAUUGCCACCAGCUGCUGCACCAGCUUUGCACAAAUUUGUGAUGCAGGUCAAUCUGCAUCCAGUUCACCUUUUGUUGACUAUUCAAAAACUUCCUUUGCUUUACGAUAACCUCACAAAAGUGAAAAACGUCUUGGAGAUACUUAGCGAAAAUCAGAUGAAGCGCAGCCAAGAAGUCAACGAGAUCCUCGCACUUAAAUACCACUAUUUGCGUUUCCUAGUCGAAAGAAUGGCCAAAGAGCAGCAGCAGCACCCCGACAAAACCGUUUUGGAGUUAUUAAAUCAAUAUGUUAAAGCAUUUUUGAAGCAACGUCAAUCCGAUGGUUUUCCCGAGUUUAUGGACAACUUCAUCCGCGAGUCGAUCCGCACUUUCCCUUUCAAGGAGACGACCAUCUUCCGCCAGUUGCUGGUCAAUCUGUCCAAGACAAAAGAGGAGACUCCACUAGCUCUCAAUCUUCUCACUUCCUGCAUCAACGGUCAGCGUGGAUUUCAAGAUGACGACGCCUGUGCCACUUGCGGCCAAGAGAAGGUAGCCAGCAAGUGUUCCAUAUGCAAAUCUGUGCAAUAUUGCAACCGCGAUUGUCAAAAGUUGCACUGGUCUAUCCACAAAAAGGAGUGCGACAAGUUGGCCAAGCAAUUUAAAAAUUUGGAAAUUAAAUCUCAAGACUCCGAGGCGAAGGCUGCCGAUCCGGAAACCAGCAAAUAGAAAUUUUGAUUAUGUGGGGGUUUUUGCAUGAUCGAAUUCGAUGUAUGUUCACCCCGUACGUUUCCUUUUUAAUCUACAAUUGUCUACAGCGGACCCCUGUUUGCUUCCAUAUUUAGCUAACCUAUUCAGUUGUCCAGUCUUUUACACUGUACGUGCGGUCCCAUUGUUUUUAUAUCGUGAAAAAUCUGCUUUGAAUGGCCCCCAUGUUAUCGUCGCAUUCAUCCCACACAAAUACAAACCUUGUCAUGCCUCA